UAUCAGUACCACAUCCUCAAGCUUGUCAUUAUCCCUGUGCACUGGCUAUUGCCCACGCGUACGAAACACCAUAUUCUCAUUAACUUACAGCUAAUCUUACCAAAUAAUCCAUAUCUGACUAUCUGCACCGAGUCACCUCCACAACUCGUCACCCAAUAUGCCCGAGUCAAACAACCAUAACUCACCUUCCCCUUCAACUCACGCUAGUAGAAGAUCAUCGUCAUCUUCAUCAUGGCCUUUGAACUUUCUCUUCUUGUCAAUACUGGUUCCUGUGGCGGCAGCUCUGCUAAUCCUCUACCAGCUCGACUCGUUCGAUCCGGCUCCUCUGCCGCUUCACGAGUUAAGCCACCGAAUCACAGCUGCCCCAGCGCGUAAUGCUCACAUGCUUAAAGGGUCGGAGUUUAUAGGUGUUGGGGCUUUAAUGGCGCCGGAAGACAUUGCUUAUGAUUCAAAGUCGGGACUCAUUUACACGGGCUGUGCGGACGGGUGGGUCAAGCGAGUCACGUUGAACGAGUCGGCUGCUGACUCGGUGGUUGAGAACUGGGUUAACACCGGCGGGAGACCACUCGGACUCGCUCACGGUCAUGACGGUCAGAUCUUGGUCGCGGAUACAGAGAAGGGACUACUGAGUAUAACUGAGGAUGGAGAAGUGGAGCUGUUGACUGAUGAGGCUGACGGUGUGAAAUUCAAGCUUACAGAUGCUGUGGAUGUAGCAAAAGAUGGCAUGAUUUACUUCACAGAUGCUUCGUAUGUGUACAGCUUAAAAGACUGCAUCUUGGACAUUCUGGAGGGCAAACCCCAUGGUAGAUUACUCAGCUACGAUCCAACUAUGAAAGAGACCAAAGUGCUAGUCCCCGACCUCUACUUUGCUAAUGGAGUUGCAGUCUCUCCGGAUCAGAAUUUUGUGAUCUUCUGUGAAAGUGUCAUGAGAAGAUGUAAAAAGUACUACCUGCAAGGCGAGAAGAAAGGAAACGUAGAGAACUUCAUUGACAACUUGCCGGGCACCCCUGAUAAUAUUCGAUAUGAUGGAGAAGGCCAUUACUGGAUUGCAUUUGCUACGGAGAUUACAGAUUCUUGGAAUCUAGCACUUAGGUACCCUUUUAUUCGAAAAUGGCUGGCAAUCAUGGAGAAGUAUACAGCAGGAAGACUACAUAUGGAGAAAAAUUCUGGUGUAAUGGCUGUUAAUUUGGAAGGGGAACCUAUUGCCCACUAUUUUGAUCCAGGGUUAUCAGCCGUUUCAAGUGGGAUCAAGAUCGGAAAUUACCUAUACUGCGGUUCACUUUUCUAUCCAUACAUUAUCCGCUUCGAUCUGGAACGAAAUCCUGCACAUGCCGCUACAUGAGCUUCAAGCACCCGAAAAAACCAUCCAUAAUACUUCCUUUGAUAUGUAACUUACAACAUAAAUGUAGUAGCUUCUUUAGUUGUACUUUGUUCAGAGCGACAAAUUACCUUAAUAAUAUAUAUAUAUAUAUAUAUAUAGGUGCAUUGCUCUUCUGGCUACUUGAUAGCACACCUUUUAUGGUCAGUAUCAAGUAAACCUUAUGUAUGGAUUGCUAUCAGAAGCAAGUCAGCGAAUCAUGCAUAUGUAAUAUUAGGUUCAAGGUAUGAGAAGCUAGCUGUGAGAAGUUGAUUGAGAUUCUGGGUCAACUCAAUUGCACAGGUCAACUUAAAUGUACUCUUCUUCUCUUUCUGUGAGAAGUUGUGCAUCAAUAUGAUGUGUAUUCAUCUACAGGCUUUCAACCAUAGAAGCUGCUGACAGAAUCGUUGUAAUGGACGGAGGCCAAGUCACUGAGAUAGGUGAUCGAGCAUGCAGAGCUCCUCAAGAAGGAUGGGGUGUAUGCAGAAUUGAUUAGAGCUCAAACAAAUAGUUUGGCUUGAUUGAGUGAUAAUUUAGUUAUUAAAGCUUCUGCUAAAAUCGAAUUUUGCAUUGAAGAUAAUUUCUCACUA